CACACACCAAGACGCCAGCGAACAUGUCGAACCUCUCCACUGUUGGCAAUGCCACUCUCUUGAGCUACUCGCUUAACUCUCCUCCGUCUCCCUCCCUUUCUUCUUCGAGCUUCACAUUCGCGCUCAACCUAACCCUUCAAGCCCAGCGUUACUCUGGUCUCCUAUAUCUCAAUUUCCACAAUUCAACGAAGCCUCUCGGCAAAAAUUUCAGGGUCAAGAUGUCCUCCGAUUCUCAAACCUCAAUUGUUUUGGGGUGUGGGUCGGUUUCAGUGGAUUUCUUGGCAACAGUUGCUGCUUAUCCUAAGCCAGAUGACAAAAUUAGAAGCACCAGCUUGAAGGUUCAAGGAGGUGGCAAUGCUGCUAAUGCUUUAACUUGCGUUGCUCGCUUGGGCUUAAAACCUAGGCUGAUAUCCAAGGUUGCAGAUGACACUCAAGGCAGGGGCAUUUUAGAUGAGCUGAAAGUUGAUGGCGUAGAUAUAUCUUUUAUGGUGGUUUCUAAGGAGGGCACUUCACCAUUCACCUAUAUAAUUGUGGACAACCAAACGAAGACCCGUACUUGUAUACAUACCCCAGGACAUCCUCCAAUGAUCCCUGAAGAACUUCCUGAAUUGAGCUUGUUAGCUGCACUGGAUGGAGCAAGAAUUGUUUAUUUUGAUGGGAGAUUGCAUGAAACUGCCCUAGUUGUUGCACAAGAGGCUAUUCGAAAGGAUAUACCCAUCUUAGUUGAUGCAGAGAGGCUGAGGGAAGGGCUAGAUGAUCUCUUGAGGUUAGCUGAUUAUGUAGUAUGCUCAGCAAACUUUCCCCAGGCAUGGACUGGGGCAUCGACUGUUCCAAGAGCACUUGUUUCUAUGCUUUUACAGUUGCCCAACAUCAAAUUUGUGAUUGUAACCUUGGGAAAAGAUGGUUGCAUAAUGCUUGAGAGAAGUGAUAAUGAGGGACAAUCCUCUGAAGAAGUAGAUGUAGACAGCUUACUGGAAUCACUGGAGAUCAGAAAGAAUGAUAGUAUAUCCAUCCCAAACUGUAUUUCAUCGGAAUCAUGGGGUUCAUAUCAGUGUCUUUCCCUACUCAACAGGCACUGAUCAUGGGGAUUAUAUUGCUCAUCACAGUAUUUAUUUUUAAUUUCAACAUUGGAGUAAGGCAGUUUUCUCAAUGGUGUACCUAAAUGAAAAAUGGAAGAAAAAUUUGGCAAUUAUAGUUUAAGAAGUAUGAGAUUGAUGAUAUAAGCAUCUAGCAAUAUUAGGAUGACAUUCUGCGGAAAUGAGUUCCUCUUUGCUGGAAACAUGGCCAUAUGUAGAAGUCCUGCAAUCCUCUGCCAAUGUUUGACUUGGAAGAUACCAGGUCUGAAAGGUCCAUCAGUAUCAACGUGAAGCAACCAAUAUCCUUAAGCAGUCUUUGAAGUUGGAACAACUUUUAUUUGUCAUCACCUAUUGUCUUACGUUGUAGCUUAUUAGUUUGUUUGAGCCUCAAGCGUUUGAUUUAGCCUAACAUAAAAGUUCUGAAUACUUAUUAUUUUUCUCAGUUGGUAUGCGUGUUAUGAAGCAAAAACUUUUUCUAGUUAUACAUAAGACAUAAUAUUUUUGCCAACAUACACACAAGACAUAAGAGUAUGCCUGAUUCUUUUUGUUUUAAAAGCUAAAUAAGUGGGAUUGUAACUAAAAAUUAUCGCAUGCUUAUUCAGGCUUUUGUGAAUGGUUUGCUUAGAUCUAUCUUUUCUCUUUGAUCC